AUGCGUCCAACAGAGUCCCCGCCGUCGACCUCGUCACCAUUGUCAGUAUCGGAUCGGCAGAGAAUCAGUGCGCCAGGCCAAAGCGUUGAUGUGAUCGGGGCACAGUCGCGCGUGAAGAAAGGAGUCACCCACCGUCGAGCCACCCAGGCAUGUCUCCGCUGUCGCUCACGCAAAGUCAGAUGUGAUGUCACCCACAAGGCUGGCUAUUGCACCAACUGUUUGCUGGAUGGAGCGGAAUGCCGAGUCAUCAAAUGCAGACGUCGUGGCCACCGAACAAGUGAGCAUUUUGCCCUGCAAGCUUCACGGAACUCCGACUCCACGAAUGUCCGAUCGACAAUUGCCGGAGAAGGGGCAUUCUUGCUUGAGCGACAGCUCGACACACCUGAAGAAACGAGACACUCGGUAAAUGAAUGGGAAGAUCGCCAUAGCCCUCGACCACGAGCCAGCCUCAGUAGCUUGCAACAAUCGGGCCUGGAUCGUGACGGUUCCAUAUCAAAAGACCCAGAGUCCCACGGCUUUAUACUGUCCUUGUCGGAGCAGCCCGAGCUUCCCAUCCCAAACGAUACUGCUGAGCCGGAAGAGAGCCCCCCGGACAGGAACGAUGGUCUGAUUUCAGCCCCGUCCACACCAUCGCCGCUUCCACAGGGUGCCCCAGGCUGGCACACAGCCUUGCCGGACUUUAUCGAAGCAUUUCCCCUGCGCAGCCCCAACGACCUAGAGUUCUUGAGACAGCGGUCGGUUUUCGUCUUGCCCCCGCCGCCGCUGCAGCACGUGAUAAUGGAGAGGUUCGCCGAGUUUGUGCAUCCUCUUCUUCCUGUGGUAGACCUACCAAGGUUCCGAGAGGCGAUAUUUGGCGAGAAACCAGGACAGAGGGUGUCUUUGCUUCUCUUCCACGCCGUCAUGUUCGCCGGGGUGGGAGCGGUGGAAAGUGAAGUCGUCCUCCGGCAAGCGUACAUGAGCAAGACCACGGCCAGGCAAACAUUUUACGAAAAGGCCAAGACACUGUUCGAAUUGGAGACGGAGAAAGAUCGCAUGGUCAUCUGUCAAGCCUCACUCCUGCUCAUCGGCUGGGCCAGCAGGAGCAACCUGAAGGAUGCCACGUAUUGGCUCGGCACCGCUAUUGCGCAAGCCCAUGUUCUGAAACUGCACCGAUCAGAACACGUCAGCUCGAUACAUCCCCUACCCAAGCAGCAGCGGAAGCGGAAUCUUCGCCGGAUAUUGUGGUGGAGUAUCCUCAUGAAAGAGUGCGACCUCUGCAUGUCCAUAGGUCAGCCACCACGGGUGUGGCCGUUCGGCACGCCCAUGCUGACCAUGAACGACCUGGGUCUGGAGGAAACUGGAGCUCUCGGGAUCGACAGCCUGGCUCCUCAGGCUCAACAAGCCCUCGAUCCGCUUUCUCCCGCGCUUGCGAUGGUCUGCAUCUUAAAGGCUAAGCUGUGCUGGCACAUCUACCGCAUCAUGCGCAAUAUCCACGAAGAUCUUUCGCCCUGGGAUGGUCAACCGUGUGCCAACCCGUUGCCUUUUUUGAGACAGUACAUGGUUCAGGAGCUGUACCGAUGGCGGUCGGAGAUUCCGAUCGAGCUGAACAGCAAAAAUUUGCUUCGAGAUGGUUUUGGUGGUGCUCCACGCAGUGUCGUAUGGGCUGUAUCGGUGGUCGAGAUGAUAUAUUGCGCCGCACACUUCCUCGUCCACCGGGACGGUAUGCUCAUGGAUGAUAUAUCAGAGCACGUCAGCCCAGACUCUGUCACUGACCGCUGCCCGCCCACCGACUAUAGCCGGUGCUUUCUGCGCCAGGCGGCCAACGAAACAACUGAGCUACUGGAAGGGCUAAUUAGCUGCGGACUGGCCAGGUUUCUCCCUCCAUCAUCCCUGAUAAACAUCUGCCUGGCUGCCUCGACCUUGUUCCGCGACGCCAACUCUGCCGACGCAAGCACGCGCAAAAUCAACCUUCAGAAGGUGGACGUGUGUAUCAAGGUCUUGAAGCUGCUUGCCGACAUGGCGCCGAGCAUGAGGGAGGUUGUAAACAAGAUGCAGGAUGCCAGAGCAGCCUUUCAAGGAAAGUCGGCUCGUGUGGUACCGCCCUUGAAUUCCAGCUACGCACAUUCGUCGAAUGUGAGUCUGACGCACGCGAACCUGGAAGACAGAAGUGAGAUAGACCAUCAAUCAUUGUCUGGUAGCACUCUUGAAGUCAGCAAUGCCGGGGCUGAGGACGGCAACGCCUCAAACGGCUAUGCGGCACCAGUGUCGUACGAGUGGAAUUUGGAGGAAGACUUUGGUCUCGCGGGACAUGCAUUACUAGAUUUUGACCUGAACGGUUACACUUGGGCAUAG